AAACUUUUGAGAGAUUCUUCACAUCCCAACGCCAAAACACCCAAUUCUCCCCCACGAAACGCACCCACGAUCGACGACAUAGCACGGCCAUUACUAAUACCGACGCAUCACGAUCCCCGGUACAUACUCCACGACACACAAUGGCCGCGGAACAGAGAAAGCUGCUCGAGCAGCUCAUGGGCGGCUCGGCCAGCAGCCGUGGCGCCUCGCUCUCCAUGACGGACCCCAAAGUUUGCAGGUCGUUCAUCGUCGGCACAUGUCCCCACGACCUCUUCACAAACACCAAGCAGGACCUUGGUCCGUGCCCGAAGCAGCACUCGGAGGCACUCAAGGCCGAGUACGAGGGGCUGUCAGACAAGGAGAAGCAGAAGUACGGCUUCGAGUAUGACUACAUGCGCGACCUUCAGAAGUACAUCGACGACUGCAACAGGAGGAUAGACUCGGCGCAGCGCAGGCUUGAGAAGACACCCGACGAAAUUCGUCAGACAAACGCUCUGCUGAAAAGCAUAUCGGAAUUUGGCUCCACCAUCCACAACGGUACCCUCGAGGUCGAGAUCCUGGGCGAGAUGGGCGAGGUGUCCCGCGCCAUCGACGAGUUCUACCGCGUGCGACAGGCGCAGCAGACGAAGGUCGACCGCGAGAAGGAGCUCAAGGCCCUCUCGGACACCUCGGGCCCCUCGGGCCACCAGAAGCUCCAGGUCUGCGACGUGUGCGGCGCCUACCUCAGCAGGCUUGAUAAUGACCGCCGCCUGGCGGACCACUUUUACGGAAAGAUGCACCUGGGCUACGCGCAGAUGCGCAAGACGUUUGACGCGUUCCCCAAAGACAUGCGCCACCGCCAGCGGGCGCCGGUUGAGGAUGACGGCAUGGGGCCCGGCGGGCCCAGGGGUCCCAGAAGCGGCGGCGGUUACCGCGGGAGGGGCGGCAGGGGAUACCGUGGCGGAUGGUAGGCUUGUGAGGAGGCCGCAACUAGAACGACAUCGAAGACGACGCCUCUGCCGACAAACCGUCCACAUCAAGGGCCGGAAGUGAGGAAUCGUCGCGACGUUUUCCUGCGUAUCCCUACUUAUCUCGAGCUAGGGUGAAAUCUAAAUACCCACGACUGGCACAAUCACCUCAGCGGACGACGACCAAGCCCCCGAUCCGCCACCUCAAGGGCAUGGUCUCCAGCAUCUACUCGAACAGAAUGCAAAACGACUCGAUCACGCCAUCCGAGGGCGACCCGGCGCUGGUCAAAUGGUCAAAUGAGUCCAACACACGGGCAUGGUGGGAGACGAAGAUCACCGGGUACUUGUUUGCAGUGGUGUAUUUGGCCUCAGUCGAUGGGCGGCGAGGCCCGGACAACUUCCAUAUAUUUACGUCGACGACGGGGGAGCGCCCUUUUACAUUUUCGACGCCCAGGUGCGCCUAUUCGAAAGGGG